UGUUAAGAGGCUUCACGCGUCGAGGUUUUAGCAGGGUUUGGUUCCGCCAUCGUCAUUGGAAACUCAAAGUGCCUGCCGCAGCUUGUUUAUGUUCAACUCUACUAACACAGCAUUGUCGUUGCCAUGGUUCUAUCAAACAAGAAGUUGAAACAAAAAGUAAGAGCAGCUAAAGCUGAACUGCUAGCUGCAUCGGAGUCGGAGCUUAAAAGAAAUUCCACCAACGUGGAAGACCCAAAUCCAAAAUCCCUCAAAUCUCUUCUAGAUUCAGUGACUCAGAAGCCCAGAUUAUCCAAGAGGGAUAAACGUAGAGAAAAGACACUUUCUUCUCAAGAAGAAGAAGAAGGUGGGCCACCGGAGCAGAAGAAAGGAAAAAAUAAGAAGAGGAAGAGACAUGAAAGCGAGAAGGAGAAUGGGGAGCUGAAGACAGAGAAAAAGCCUAUCAAGAAAAAGAAGAAGAAGAAGAAUAAAGGGAAGCAGAGGUUAGAAGAUAGGGAAGUGAAGGAAGGUGUGACUUUUGGGGAUGGAGGAAAUGGAGAAGCAGAAGCAGAAGCAGAAGCAGAAGCAGUGGAGCCUAGUAAAAGCGUGGAAAGGGAAGAAAGAGGCGAUAUUUCUAGAAAAGUUUAUGUUGGAGGAAUUCCUUAUUAUUCCACUGAGGACGAUAUUAGGAGUUACUUUGAAGGUUGUGGCACCAUUACAGAAGUUGAUUGUAUGAAUUUCCCUGACAGCGGAAAGUUCAGAGGAAUUGUCAUUAUCACUUUUAAGACUGAAGCAGCUGCUAAGAGAGCCAUGGAACUGGAUGGUUCUGAUAUGGGUGGACUAUUUCUGAAAAUCCAGUCAUACAAGUCAGCUAGAGCAAACAAAGCAUCCAACUUCUCGCCAAACAUGGUGGAGGGGUAUAAUAGGGUAUAUGUGGGUAACUUAUCAUGGGAUGUAACAGAGGAUGACUUGAAGAAACUUUUUUCAGAUUGCAGCAUAAGUUCUAUCCGAUUUGGUGAAGAUAAAGAAACAGGAGAAUUUCAGGGCUACGCACAUGUGGAUUUUGCUGAUAGUGUCUCUGUAAACAUGGCGUUAAAGUUGGAUCAAAAAAAUGUAUGUGGUAGACCUGUUAGAAUAAGUUGUGCUGUUGCAAAGACAGGAGCUGUAAAGAAAGGCGGAGCGACCAAUUCAAGACCUAUGCCCAAAAACGAAAAUGCGGAUAGUGCUACAACAAGCACUGUCAGCGCAAAGAUUAGGAGGCGGACAUGCUACGAAUGUGGAGAGCGUGGCCACCUUUCAUCUUCUUGUCCAAAGAAACAAGAAAUUGAUCAAGUUGCUAAUUGAUUUUAUUGGAGACCUAAUUAUUCACAAUUUUUUACUUGACCUGUGCUCACACAAGUUUUGGUGUUCAUUUUUUAUCCUCUUAGACGACAUUUUUAGAAGUCCAUUGGUUUCUAAUUGUGUUCGUUUUCUAGAAAACUUCAGCUGAUGUGGUGUAGUUAGCUUAUCAAGUAAUCCCAAUAUAAACUUUCAGUUUUCACUGCC